AUAAAACCCUCCCCAAACUCCACUCACCUUCUUCAGUUCACGCCAACCUCUCCAAAAGCGUGACCAAAACAUUCAAACAAUAGCAAUCCCAUAAAACACAACAACAUAGUAAACAAACAAACCAAACCAAACACAAUGUCUCUCUCAUCAACUUCCAACUCUCUCAUUCCUACCAAAUCAUUAAUCCACCAUUCCCAUUCCCAUUCCACCAAACCUAACCAGUCGUCAUUCCCAAUCGGGCCCAAGCCCAACAACCAUUCAAUCCUAGCCGUUCACGCCGCCGAGCCCGCAAAAAACCCAGUCGUCACCGACAAGCCAUCGAAACCUCAAACAACAACCAUUCCCCGUAAUGCCGGAUCAGGAAAAUGGAACAUUGAAAGCUGGAAAUCGAAGAAAGCCCUACAGCUCCCCGAUUACCCGAAUCAGGAAGAACUCGACUCGGUUCUCAAGACGCUUGAUGCUUUCCCACCAAUCGUGUUCGCCGGAGAAGCUAGAACGUUGGAAGAGCAUUUGGGAGAAGCUGCUAUGGGAAACGCGUUUCUUCUUCAAGGUGGUGAUUGUGCUGAAAGCUUCAAAGAGUUUCAUGCUAAUAACAUUCGUGAUACCUUCAGAAUCAUCCUUCAGAUGAGUGUUGUCAUGAUGUUCGGUGGCCAAAUGCCUGUCAUUAAGGUGGGGAGAAUGGCGGGACAAUUUGCGAAGCCAAGAUCGGAUUCGUUUGAGGAGAAGAAUGGUGUGAAGCUUCCAAGUUACAGAGGGGACAACAUCAACGGUGAUACCUUUGAUGAGAAAUCAAGGACUCCGGAUCCACAGAGGAUGAUUCGUGCUUAUUGUCAAGCUGCUGCUACUCUGAAUCUUCUGAGAGCUUUUGCCACUGGUGGUUAUGCUGCUAUGCAGAGGGUUACUCAAUGGAACUUGGAUUUCACUGAACAAAGUGAGCAAGGAGACAGGUACCGAGAGCUUGCUAACCGAGUUGACGAGGCCCUUGGAUUCAUGGCUGCUGCUGGGCUCACAGUUGACCAUCCCAUAAUGAGAACAACUGAUUUCUGGACAUCUCAUGAAUGCUUGUUGUUGCCAUACGAACAAUCACUCACUAGGUUGGAUUCAACUUCUGGUCUCUACUAUGACUGCUCGGCCCAUAUGCUUUGGGUCGGUGAAAGGACCAGGCAGCUUGAUGGUGCCCAUGUUGAGUUUUUGAGAGGAGUUGCUAACCCCUUGGGAAUCAAGGUAAGUGAUAAGAUGGAUCCAAAUGAGCUUGUUAAACUCAUUGAGAUCUUGAAUCCCCAAAACAAACCAGGGAGAAUAACUAUAAUCACAAGGAUGGGAGCUGAAAAUAUGAGGGUGAAGCUUCCACAUCUAAUCAGGGCCGUCCGUAGAGCAGGGCAAAUUGUCACAUGGGUCAGCGAUCCUAUGCAUGGAAACACCAUAAAGGCUCCAUGUGGUCUUAAAACUCGCCCCUUUGAUGCCAUCAGGGCUGAAGUGAGAGCAUUCUUUGAUGUGCACGAACAAGAAGGAAGCCACCCAGGAGGAGUUCAUCUCGAGAUGACAGGUCAAAACGUGACCGAGUGCAUUGGUGGGUCGAGGACGGUCACAUUUGAUGACUUGAGCUCACGCUACCACACACACUGUGAUCCUAGACUCAACGCUUCACAAUCUCUUGAGCUUGCUUUCAUUAUCGCUGAAAGGCUAAGAAAGAGUAGAAUCAGAUCGCAGCCUCCUCUUCCCUCCAAUGUUCUGUGAAAAAGGCGUUGAAGAAAAUCUCGACAAAAUACCUUUGUUCUUUUUUCGCUAUAUAUUUACAGGUGGAUGCCGCUUUGUUGUUUACACAUUGAUAUGGUGGACUUGGAAUUUGUUAGCUAGUUAACUUUAUGUUGUGUUGUAUUGUGUUUGUAUUUGUAUACCAUCUACAAUGCUUUUGAACUUGGGAAAAGACUAAAACUGUUCUAUGAAUAAAGGAAACUGAAAAGUUUCUAUUGCAUUUGGCAAAUUGAGUGUAUGAUGAUGACUUGCAAUUGCUUUGCACGCGCUCAUUCUUGGACACAAAUUAUGUGAACAAGCUUCAGUUA